UGGCCACUGUGUGCACGCAGCAUAACAAGUCGGCAGAGGAAAUACCAAAUAUUAAAAUCUUCUAAAAAGUAAUACAUUCUACUCGGGAAACAAUGAGGGAUACUUCUGCUCCUGGUUACUCCUCCACCACUAUGCGGUGAACAACCGGGGCUAACCCAUUGACCCUGAGGUGACCACGUUGUCUUGAUCACUACUCUCAGCAGGAGGGGGCAGAUAUGCACCCAUACGGCUGUGACCCAGGGACCUCGCUGCGGGAGCUCUUUAGGUUCUUCACCCGGUGCCUGCAGGGUGGGGAGUGGGAGCUGUCCGCGGCCUGUGUUCCUCAGCUGGGAGAGGCUGGAGGAGAGGUGUCGCGCCGCCUACGGGACAUAAUUAAGGCCAUCAUCACACACCCUCACCUGCUACCAUGGAAGAGUGUUGGCAGCCCCCACAGACUAGCCUGGUUCUGGCUUCAGGUUCUGGAGAAGUGGACCAAGAAAGAGGUGUCUAGGUCGGUCAGGAGAGAACUGGAGUUUCUACUCCUCCUAGAGGAGCUGGGAGAGGAGGUGCCAGAUACAACGCUCCAGGGGCUCCAUCAGGCCUUCCAGACCACCCAGUCGGAGGAGAGAAAGGCCCCAGGGGAAUCACCAGAAACCGGAGAUGCUCUGAGUCCAAGGAUUGAGUCCUGUCUCCAGGCGUUGUUGGAGAACAAGAGACCCAGACUGGCCCUGGCUCUGAUACGCUUCCUGGAGGACCACCCUGGAGCCAGUAAAACCAAGGGACACAGCCUACAGGACACAUUCAUUAGAUAUCUGAUUGAGAGGCUGGAGGGCCAGAGGCCUGGGACGGAGCCCCGGCCGGAGAAGGUGGAUGGCUGGGCAGAGGAGUUGUGUACAGUCCUGGCCCUGAUGCCCUGGAGGCCUGAGCGAGGCGGAGGUCAGCUGGAGGCGCUGUGCGAGGCCCUGUGGAGGGCGAGAGAGGGCUGCCUGCGAGAGGAGAGGGUCCUUAGCUCCAUGCUCCGCCCCAACUGCCACGCCCUCCUCUCCCUCUACUCCUCCACCGCCCUGAGGCUGGACAGAGACCGUCUGCUGAGACAAACCCCCGGCGCGCAAGUGGAUCUUUCCGAAGCAGAGAGAUUGCUCCUGGGCUUGUGUUGUCAUAGUGAUCGUCGCUCCGUCUGGAAAACCAUCUACUUUGAGUGCCUCAGCAGCGGGAAACACUUCCUGGAACAAGCCCUGGUGACUGCUCUGGACCUGGUGAAGCGGGAGGAGUUCUCCAGACUCAAGGACCUUCUGAAGGGAGAGUUCCAGCCUCUGUCACGCCUCCUGCUACUCCUGGGGUGGAGCCAUUGUCAAAGCCUGGCCUCUGCUCAAACCCUGCUGCACCUCCUUCACCAUGACCAGGCGCCGGCCAAUGACUGUGUUCUUCGGGAGUUUGCCAAGGUUCUGUCCUCUCAGUUGGGAGUGCUGGAGUGGUGCGCUAAGAACAACCCUGCGAUCCCCAGGGAGGCGCUCCUUGGUCAGCUACACACCCUGGACAGUCACUCUGCUCUGCAUGUCCUCCACUCCCUGACCCCUCUGGCUCGCUGUGAGGAAAGCAGGGUUCUGGACCUUCUCAACACUCUUCCCAAACCCACCACGGCAGUUCUGUCCCCGCCCCCCUGUGUAGAGUCCGGUGAGCUGGCGGACAGCCCUACGGUGCAGCGGAACCUGGUUCUGUACAGGGGAUUCUGUGCGAUGAAGUAUGCCCUCUACGCCCUGUGUGUCAAUGCUCACAAGUACAGCGGCUGUUCUGACUGUGUCGCUACGAAUUCCUGGGGCCAGCACCCAGAGAAGUGCCCGAGCCAGCACCCGGAGAAGGACCCGAGCCAGCACCCGGAGAAGUGCUCGAGCCAGCACCCGGAGAAGGACCCGAGCCAGCACCCGGAGAAGGACCCGAGCCAGCACCCGGAGAAGGACCCGAGCCAGCACCCGGAGAAGGACCCGAGCCAGCACCCGGAGAAGGACCCGAGCCAGCACCCGGAGAAGGACCCGAGCCAGCACCCGGAGAAGGACCCGAGCCAGGCCUCUGCUACCUCAGAAGACUGUCCUCCCUGGUUCCAGCACUGCCUGUUUGAGUGUCAGAUGUAUUUGGAGGCAGUACCUGCCAUGUACCGGCUGGAGCUCCUGGAGAAUAUCUUCUCCCUGCUGUUUCUGUCCAGCGCCGACUUCACCCUCCGCCACAACCAGGUGCCUGCAGCUAGCACAGAACCCACUGGCCAGCCAGAACACACUGUGGAGGGCAGUGGAGCGGGACCGGAGAGCUCAGCCAGUCUGGGUGGAAGAGGAGAAGAGGACCAAAGCAAAGGGAACCAGCAUCAACCCCCUGGUGUCCCCUCGCCAGCGCCCCUGCCAAGGCACCUGGAUCUCAGCCACCUGACGGCAGGCUGCCGGGGCUUCCUGGUGGAUCUGGCGGCCAUGGGGGGCUUCCUGCGGUUGCUGAGGGAGAGCCUGGAGGGGUUGGUGGUGGUGGGCCAGCGGGCGGGGCAGGAGGAGGGCCGGGCGCUGGCGGGCGAGGCCGAGGUGGCGGAGAGCCUGGGCUGCUCUGUGACGGCGGAGACGUUCGGCGCUCGGCUCCAGAGGCUGUCCAAGAGGACCGCAGAGGCCCAGUGGAGGCUGCAGAUCGUCACCUCCAACCAGGCCAGAGGCAACCCCUCCGAUGGCCUGCCACAGCGACAGGCGUCCAGAGUGGUGAGUCCGACCGCCGGGCUAAAACGCAGCGGUACCGGUGUCCGGAGGGGGAGGAGGUCUGGUCGGAACCACUCUGACGGGCCUGCAUCGGCAGAGCCGCACGAUCCGGACGUCAGCGCCAGCGCCUCAGAUGGAGGUGGCGGGGAAGCAGGCCGGACAGACUGGGAGGUGUGCCCCCAUGGGGAUCCUCAUAGCUGGGUGAUUCCUGCCAUGCUGUCCCCCCCGGACUCCCUGCUCAUGGCCUGCAUCCGCCGGGAGAACUACAUGGAGGCCCGCCAGGUGUCCCUGAUGUUCGGCCUGGAGGGGUCUCUGUGCUGUGCGGAGCUGGUCUUCAUGGAGCGCUACCGGCAGGUUCUGGAGGAGCUGGCUCGUGUGGAGCGGAAGAUGGACACCCGCGCGUUGUCUUCGUCCUCGUCCUCCGAGGGCCUGGGGGCGUCUGCCGCGCCGAUGCCCAGCCCGGGGCGGAGCCGCCUGGGGAGUAGUGGGCGGUCCACUCUGCAGGCCAUCGAGAGCGCCGCGGCUGCCGGCAUGGCCUUUUACUCUCUCUCCGACGUGGCUGACCGCCUCCUGUCCACCCCGGCUCGUCCCGUCCCGUCGCUUGAGGAGGGCUACUGGCUGGGCCGCUGCGUCCCUGACCCCCCGGGGACCGGCCUCCUGCACCCCCUCCUGGAGGAGCUCAGCCCCCCUGCCAUGGCUGCCUUCGACCUGGCCUGCUGCCACUGCCAGCUCUGGAAGACCUCCAGACAGCUGCUGGACACCGCAGAGAGACGCCUCCUCAGCAGCCUGGAGGGACGAGGCCUAAUAAUGGAUUCUAAGGUUACUCACUCCGAGGGGAUCCGGGGGUUUCCUGCAGUGCUCCAGCAGAUCAGUAAGAUCCUCAGCCACGCUGCCAGCAGCAACAAGGGAGCAGCAAAGACAGAAGCAGCUGUGGAGGACCAUGCGCCGUCCAGUCCGUUUGGCUGCUGCAUUCAGGAAGUGCUGCUCUCCUGCCACCCUGGGCUGAGUGAGGAGGGCAUCGCUGCCAGGCUGAGCCUGGCACAGCGCCUGGAGACCACGCUGCAGACCCUGGCCACCGCAACAGACACUGCAGGUCAGCUAACGUACGCCGCAGUGGAUGUCCGUGCUGGCGGAUCACUCCUAGCUGCCCUGGUAGAGCAGGCCGGUCUGAAACAGUCGGAGCUGGACUCCCACCCUGUCCGCUCCUCCAUGAAGCAGCUCCUGUGUUCCCUGGACCAGAUGUGUCCCUUUGAGCCUCAGAACGCCCCCUGCAGGCCGGACUAUGUUAGGAGCUUCCUGGACUAUGUCAACACGCUGGCCUCUGUGUUAGUUCGCAGUCUGGCUUCUGGGGACCAGGGAGGGGAAGUUAAAUUGGGGAACCCUCUCCUGGUGCUCCUCCAGGCUCCAUCCCAGCUGCUCUCCUACCUGCUGUUUGACAGACAGGUGUCUCCAGACAGGAUGUUGGCUCUGUUGCAGCAGGAGGGUAUCCACCUGAGUGUCCAGCAGGUCAUCGUUCAGCACUGCUGUGAGUCUCUGCCCGUCUGGGACUGGAGCACCCGUUCGGGGAUGGAGGCUAGCCCUGGUGCUUGCCCAGCGAGCCGGGCUGAUCCCGGCGGGCCGGGACAAGGACCGACCCGACCGGAAGGGGCAUUCGGGGUGGACAGCCUGGCAGCCCUGCUCCAAUAUCAUGCCCACAAACACAUGCCAAUGCUAGGCAACGCUGAGCCCACGUCCCCUGCUCCGCUCAGCUCCGAAUCUGAAUCCCCGUUGGAAGAUGCCCGACCAACCACGCCUCCAAUCAUCAUCUCCAGUUCUCCUCCUUCGCCUUCGAGAACAGCCUCCUACUUUUCCCCCACCUCCUCUUUUCUCCUCACCACAUCAGCCCUGGCAUUCCUCAAGUCCUGCUCCCCCCUCGUAGCCACCCUGGUGUGUCUUUGUGCCAGUCGGGGGGGCGCGUCCCGGAUGCAGCCGUCCGGUUGGUUGGUUUUCCGGGGCGCGACGCGCAAAGACAACACGCUGGACGGUGAGCAGGUCUCCCGGGAGGGGGACGUCCUGCUCCGGGAAUUCCCCAUCCUGAGGGCCUACCUUCAGGUCAUGGCUCAGCCUGUCCUGGGAACACCUCUGGGGGCCGGGGAGGAGUCCACAGGGACCGUGGGAGGGGGAGGUCUUGGAGCGUCUCUCUGUGGGAAGCCCCUGGCAGGUCUUCUCCUCUCGGGCCCUCAGGAGCCAGCUGCCCAGGCGGUGGCGGCAGAGGCCUUCCAGGAGGCCCUCGCCUCCAGAGACCUGACCAGAGCUCUAAACUUGUUGGAGUUGUACGGGCAGGGCUGCAGCCAGGAGGGUGCGCUGCGGGAUCAGCUUCUGGCCUGGUCCGCUCUGGAAGAUGAUGAUGACCGUACAGAUCAGUUGUUCCGAGUGCAGGACCCCAGUCUGAGGGCUCGUGUGGCCCUUCAGGGCCUGCAACGGUGGCCCCUGGGUCCCGCUCUGGAUCUGCUGGAGUUCUGCCUCAGUCACUCCAACAUGGAGGCCUCACUCAGGGGACAGCUGGAGCUCAGGAAGAGAGAGCUAGACAUCUAUCAACAGAUGCUGAGCAUGCAGCCUGCGUUACCGUGGGCGACCUGGCAGGAGCUGAAGGCCGAAUCUGAAAGAGACCCUGAGUCCGUCUUGUCCAGGAUGUUGGAGGCCAGGGAGUAUUCUCUGUGCGCCCAGUGGGUGGUGCUGUAUCCUGUAUCCGAUCAGCUUAGACUGCAGCUACAGACUGAACAUCUGCUACACCUGCUGGAGAAGGGACUGAUGGACGACGCUUUCCAGCUCCUGGAUGGCCUAUCAGAUCUGGGCCUGGAGGUGUGUGAGGGGGCUCUGGACCGCCGGCCCGGAUUGGCUGCCUGCCACUUCCUGGCCGACUACCUCACACUGCACUUCCAGAGCCAGAUGUCCCCCGCCCGGCGACGCCACAUUUAUAAUCUGCACCUGGGGUCGAAGAUCCUCCUGACGCUCCCCCCAGCCUCCAGGGAGGACUACUUUUCCCUCCUCUCUGAGCCACUGUUGUUGCUGGAGCAGCUCCUGAUGAACCUGAAGGUGGAUUGGGCUGUCGUAGCAGUAAGGACACUUCAGAACCUGCUACUGGGCCAGGAGGCCGGCUUCACCACCCAGGACAUCGACAAGCUGCUCUCCAGCUAUGCCUCCAAGGCCCUGGACUUCCCCUAUGCUGCCAGUGAGAGGUCUCGCUCUGACUCAGUCAUCAGUCUACACAACCACUCCCAUUACUCUUUGAUCAGUCUCCAGGAUGACCAGAGUCCUGCCCAGGACAGCUGUCCCUCCACUCCUUCUAGAAUUGAAACACCUCCGCCUGCAGCAGGUAGCGGCCUUUUGCACACCUCAUCCUCCAGUGUGUCCCUGGACAGAGGGUCGACCGGCAAGAGGGCCCAGGGCCCCCCGACUCCGUUCCGUCCUCCAGACAAACCCCCGGGUCGUAAAGACUGGGUCCCAGAUGCCCAGCAGAACGUCUGCAUGGUCUGCCAGCGAGAGAGGUUCACUAUGUUCAACCGGCGGCACCACUGCCGACGCUGUGGCCGCCUUGUGUGCCACGCCUGCUCCGACCACAGGAUGGCGGUAGAGGGCUGCACUGAGGAGGAGCCGGAGGUGCGCGUCUGUGACCAGUGCCACAGCUUCUACCACGCUGAUUCUGAUAACGAGCUGGAACAGGCUGAAGUGGCAGGAAGUCCAGGGUCUGCUGAGGGAGAAUUAGACGGGAUGAUCUUUAUCCCGGAGAUUCCUCAGCGUCAGUUUCACCUCAGCACCAAUCCCGCAGAAAACCUACAGAUACAGACACAGUUCUACUAUGAACAGGCUCCCAGCACAUCUCUGUGUGUGGCCAUCCUGUCCCUCCACAGUGACCAGACAGCCUGUGGACACCAGCUGAUUGGACACUGCCGCUCACUGUCCCGUAAACUAACCAAUCCCGAAGUGGAUGCCCGCCUCCUUACCGAUGUAAUGCAUCAGUUGCUGUUCAGUGCCAAACUGAUGUUUGUUAAGGUGGGGCGGAGUCAGGACCUGGUCCUGUGUGACAGCUACAUCAGUAAAGUGGACGUGUUAAAGAUCCUGGUGACGGCCAACUACAAGUACAUCCCUUCCCUAGACGACAUCCUGGAGACGACUGCCGUCACACGGCUACGCAACCAGUUGCUGGAGGCAGAAUACUACCAGCUGGCUGUGGAGGUGUCUACUAAGAGUGGUCUGGACCCGGGUGGGGUGUGGCAGGCCUGGGGUAUGGCCUCCCUCAAGGCCGGAAACCUGCUGGUUGCCAGGGAGAAAUUCUCUCGAUGUCUGAAGGCACCAGUGGACAAGAACCAGAUCAGCCUGGGACCUCGACUACUGCGGGAGAUAAUCUCUCAUCUGGAGAGCACUGUCCGACCCGCACUGGCCAAGUCCUCUAAUGAGGACAUCCUGAUAUCUCUGCGGGAGCUGGAGGAUGCUCUGUGUGGGCCCGGGAGGUCGUUUGACGGGCCCGAGGGCGGGUCAGGUCGUGGCGGUGUCCUGUACCAGGAGAGUCUGUAUUACCUGUCCAGCUACGGCACACACCUGGCCAUCAUCUCCUUCCUCAUGAGGCACGACAACAUGAAGGAGGCCCUGCAGCAUCUGCUCACCAAGAGGUGUCCUGAGGAGGUGUUCCUGGAGGGUGUCCUGCAGCCCAGCCUGGAGAAGGGUCGGCUGGGCACUCUGCAGGGCUUGUUGGAGACCCUGGACCCGGGCCUGGAGGUCUGUAGCCGGUACCUCAUAGCCUCCUGUCACCUCCUGCAGCGACGUGGCCACUUCAACACACUGUACCAGGUCCAGCAGUUCAUGAUGGACCACGUGCGGGCGGCCAUGACAUGCAUCCGUUUCUUCACCCACGGGGCGGUGUCCUACGUGCAGCUCGGGGACCAGCAGAGGUGGCUGGUCCGGGCCAAGGAACACCUCCGGACCUACCUGCAGGAGCAGCAGGGGGGGCGGGGCGGCACUGCCGCCCGGAAGAAGAGCUCCACCAACCCCUUCAGGAAGAAGAUGUCUUCCAGUGACGUGUCCAGGCAUAUGAACACCAUCGAGCUCCAGUUGGAAGUGACCCGGUUUCUACAUCGCUGUGAGAUGUCCAGCUCCAAGCAUGCCCUCCCCUCGUCCUCCUCCAACUCUCCUCCUACUCUUUUCGGCCCGAGCGCCAUGAAGAUCGAUGUAGCCUGCAAAGUGAUGUUGGGGGGGAAGAACAUAGAAGAGGGCUUUGGAAUCGCAUACAGAGUCAUUCAGGACUUCCAGCUGGAGGCACUGGUGGUGUAUGUUCGCGCGGGCCAGAGGCUGAUGCGCCAGCGGCAGUACGGUGCUGUCCGGCAGCUGUUGAAGUGCGUGGGCGAGUCGGGCACCGGCACCAAGAACGACUGCGACACAAUCGUCCUCAGCUGCGUGUCCAUCGCAGACAAGGGGCCCAACGAUGCGAAGGAGUUGGAGGGUCUCAUUCAGGAAACCAAGAGCACCGAGACCAAGAUUAAGGCCUACCUGCAGGUGAGUAAGCUGCGCGCGGCCUACCUGCUGGCUGUGAAGCUGGAUGUGUCCAGGGCCGGGCCGCUGGUUCAGGAAGUCCUCCUGGCGGCCGAGGAUGCCGGAGACUCUGUCAUGCAGGAUAUCUGUCGCCAGUGGCUGUCAGAGCACCAGGGCACGGACAGGACGACGCCCGCAGGCUUGAAGAAAACGCCGCCGGGCCGCCCCAACGCCAGGUAACGACGUGGGGAGAACGCUUGGACCGUGAUCGUAAGACACCAAACGGGCGUAAGCCGGACGAAACUGGAAGAGUACCAACAGGACACGCUUCAGUUCUCUGUUCCAAACUGUUGUCAGUUCACUCUAUGCCCUAAUUUACACUGUUGUGGCAAAGGCAAUGUUUAGGAGAAUCCUCAAACAGCUGAAACCAUAGCUACGACUAGGUGUAUGUGGUACAAUCAGGAAAUAAUAGAUUGCACCUAAACUGAUAAACGCAAUUCCUGAACUGAGCUGGACUUUUGGUUAGGAGUAACUUCCUCCAAAACUAAACUUAGUGAAACACCAUUGUGCCAACUCUUUCCCUCUUUCUCACAUCUGGAGGAGUGAAUGACUACAGUACUUUAAAUAAUACUUCUCAGUUAGAGAGGUACGGAAUGUUUUCACUCUGAAUGGGGAUUUAUUGACCACUUUAUCUGGACUAAGCACAGUAAAGUAACUACAUUCGUAAACCCUAGUUCUCGCAAGUCUCCUACCUGUCUUGAAAGGGAUUUAUCUUUUAUCGCUGACUGCAGAACCACUAAAUAUAUUUAUUUCUGACAAAUUUAAGAUGUGGUGUGAUCAAUGUAAAGGAGGAGACGUUUUACCCCAUUUAGAGUUUCUUGCCGUUUGUUAAUAAUACCAAUUUUCAUAAGGUAUGUCUUUGUGCUGGAAAUUUGUCAAACGUAUGACCUGUGUAAUGUGCAAGUUAUAGCAGAACAUUUUUCAGAGCUAAUGAUUGGGCAAAUGAUUUGCCUGUGUAAAAAAGCCUUUGACAAUUAGACCAUUAUGAUGUUGUAUAGCCUGAAACUAGACCUGGCCUGUGGUUCCACUCCGUAUACUCUGUGCCCUGUGUUUAGCAUCACUGGGAGUGGAACGUUAGCACAACCAGACCCAUACCCAGGCUAGAUAUUUUCUGAAUCCCUCUUUCAAACCCAAGGGUAUUUUGGGGUCCCGAAAGGGCAUUUCAGAUUACUAAGAUAAGACUUGCCUUUCCGUAGAAGAAACCUUAUAUUUUGAACAAGUUGGAUUUAUUAAGGGAGUCUGUCUGGGUGUAUUCUAGGAGUUUUCAAACAGUGUGGACUGAAGUUAAGGGUAAUUCAUGAUGAUCAAAUUCUGCAGGUUAUUGUUACUACUCAGUGUUAAAGUCCUACAUACAGUGUUGGACCAGACACCUGUUAUAACCAUGUUUUACCUGUUAUUACUUGUUAUUCCUACUCCCAAUGUGUGUAGCCUCUGUGUGUUUUUGGGGUGGCUCCUGAAUGCACCCCUCUUCCCAGCAUAGUAACACACAGAAUGGGCAACAGGGUGUUGUUUGGGACUUGUAUAUGACCUCUGAGCUGUGAAGAUUCGACAUUUAUAAAAAGGGAUUUUUGCCAUAGAUGUUAUAACCAUGAUACAUUUAACGACAUAUUAUGUAAUUGUUACUCUCGUUUACUCAGUCGCUUGUAUUUACAUUUACAGUGUAGUCCUUUAUCUGACGUUCUUAUUGGUGGGGGGCUACUCGCUAUACUUUUUAUUUUGUACUUGGAAAAUAGACAGUCUAAAGUUCUUCAGGGUUAAUAUUAAACAUAUUGCUAUGUUCCAUGAAAAUCCCUGGUAAAAUUCUACACUUGGUGUUAUUCCACUUUUUUGAAUGUUUGAGUUGGUAAGCGGAGCCUUCAAGCAGCCCCUCGGGGUCACCUGACGAGGGGUCAUGUGAUCAGGGGGUAUGCCGUGUGUUGCCUGCACGGUGCACCCUUGGACCCUGGUGGACAGUAAUGCACUAUCCGGGGAUUAGGGUGAUAUUGCAGACACGGGCGGCGUGUAAUCACUCUCUGAUUGGUGACUCUAUCCACACAAAAGCUGACCCCUAACCCCGUUCUCCCUAACCAUCAGACCCUAGCCACUACCACCUGUUCCCUGACUCGUAACCCCCUAGAAGUGUUGUUGUUCCUUCACUGAUGCACUUUACCCUCUGACCUUAUCUGACAUCUGGGCGCUACCAAACUGCUCUUUCCUAAUUAUUUUUUUUAUGGAAUGAAGCAAUAAUGUCAUUGUUAUUUGAAUUACAUCAUUUCUAACUAUGAGGACUAUGGUAUUGAAUUGAUAAUUUACUGUUUUACAGUGGCUGUGUUGGUAUAAUAAAGAAUGGUGUUUUCAGGGUG